GUCUUCCGGCGGCCUCGCUGAGGCGCUGCUUUGGCGGGAGUUGGGGGCUGGUGUGAGGUUCCUGUGGAGAGAGGGAGAGCAGCAGAGGUGGCUGGUUCCCAGAUCUUAUAGGCUGUCAUGGCUACCAUGUUGGAAGAUAGACCCCAAACCCAGCUGAGGAGCAGCCACGAUGGCCGGGAGACUCGUCUGUGGUCUUCAGGCAUUGGGAUGAAGCUGGAGGUGGUCACCCCAUUUCUGGGGAAGUAUCGCCCCUUUGUGGGUCGCUGCUGCCAGACCUGUACCCCUAAGAGCUGGGAGUCUGUCUUCCACAGAAGCAUUAUGGAUCUGGGCUUUUGCAAUGUGAUCCUGGUGAAGGAGGAGAACACCAGGUUUCGGGGCUGGCUGGUUCGGAGACUCUGCUAUUUCCUGUGGUCCCUGGAACAGCACAUACCUCCCUGCAGGGAUGCCCCACAGAAGAUCAUCGAAAACUCUAGGGUGCAGAAUGUCCUCUCAGGGAGAGCUCCAGGAGGGGCUGGGGAAGGCCAGGCACACAACCUUGUGAAGAAAGAGGUGCAGCGCAUCCUGGGCCACAUCCAGGCCCCACCCCGCCCCCUCCUGCUCAGGCUGUUCAGCUGGGUGCUGCUGCGGUUCCUGAACUGCCUCUUUCUGAAUGUGCAGCUCCACAAGGGUCAGAUGAAGAUGGUCCACAAGGCCACCCAGGCGGGCUGGCCACUUGUCCUCCUCUCUACUCACAAGUCUCUUCUGGAUGGGAUCCUCCUGCCCUUUGUGCUGCUCUCCCAGGGCCUUGGUGUGCUCCGUGUGGCUUGGGAACCCCGCACCUGCUCCCCUGCCCUCAGAGUUCUGCUGAGGAAGCUUGGGGGGCUUUUUCUACCCCCAGAGGCAAACCUCUCCCUGGACAGCUCUGAGGGGGUUCUUGCAAGGGCUGUGGUCCAUGCGGUCAUGGAGCAGCUGCUGGUCAGUGGGCAGCCCCUGCUCAUCUUUCUGGAGGAACUCCCUGGGGCCUCAGGGCCACGGCUAUCAGCACUGGGCCAGGCCUGGCUGGGACUGGUGGUGCAGGCGGUUCAAAUGGGUAUUGUCCCGGAUGCCAUGCUGGUGCCAGUGGCCGUCACCUAUGACCUGGUUCCUGAUGCACCAUGUGACAGACACCAUGCCUCUGUCCCCCUGGGGCUGUGGACAGGAGCUCUAGCUGUCCUGCGGAACCUGCACAGCUGCUGGGGCUGCAACCGCCGCAUCUGUGCCCGAGUGCUCCUAGCUCAGCCCUUCUCCCUGCAGGAAUAUAUCAUCAAUGCAAGAAGCUGCUGGGACAACAGGCAGACCCUGGAGCAGUUGCUGCAGCCCAUUGUGCUGGGCCAAUGUACUGCUGUUCCAGACACUGAGAAGGAGCAGGAGUGGACCCCCAUAACUGGCCUUCUCCUGGACCUCAAGGAAGAGGAUCAGCUUCUGGUCAGGAGACUGAGCCGUCACGUCCUGAGUGCCAGUGUGGCGAGCUCUUCAGUGAUGAGCACAGCCAUCAUGGCGACGCUGCUGCUGUUCAAACACCGGAAGGGAGUUUUCCUGUCGCAGCUCCUGGGGGAGUUCUCCUGGCUGACAGAGGAGAUACUGCUGCGUAGUUUUGACGUGGGCUUCUCUGGCCAGCUGCGGGGCCUGGUACAGCACACGCUGAGCCUGCUGCGGGCACACGUGGUCCUCCUGCGCGUCCACUGGGGGGACUUGCUGGUGGUGCCGCGACCUGGUCCAGGCCUAAUGCGCCUGGCACACCUGAGUGCUGAGCUGCUGCCCGCCUUCCUGAGUGAGGCUGUGGGUGCCUGUGCUGUGCGGGGGUUGCUGGCAGGCAGAGUGUCACCCGAGGGGCCCUGGGAGCUGCAGGGCAUAGAGCUGCUGAGCCAGAAUGAGCUGUACCACCAGAUCCUGCUGCUGCUGCACCUGCUGCCACAAGACCUGCUGCUGCUGCAGCCUUGCCAGUCUUCCUACUGCUACUGUCAGGAGGUGCUGGACCGUCUCAUCCAGUGUGGGCUCCUGGUUGCUGAGGAGGCCCCAAGCUUCCGGUUGGCCUGCGACACAGGGCGACGGUGUUUGAGUGCAAAGCUGCUAUGGAAGCCGAGCGGUGACUUCACUGAUAGUGACAGUGAUGACUUUGAAGAUGCAGAGGGCCGGUACUUCAGGCUUAGCCAGCAGUCACACUGCCCGGAUUUCUUCCUCUUCCUUUGCCGCCUACUCAGCCCGCUGCUCAAGGCCUUUGCACAGGCUGCCGCCUUCCUUCACCAGGGCCAGCUGCCCGACACUGAGUUGGGCUACACAGAGCAGCUGUUCCAGUUCUUGCAGUCUACUGCCCAAGAGGAAGGGAUCUUUGAGUGUGUGGACCCAGAUCUCGCCAUCAGUGCUAUCUGGACCUUCAGAGACCUAGGGGUUCUGCAGCAGACACCCAGCCCUGCAGGCCCCAGGCUCCACCUGUCCCCUACUUUUGCCAGUCGAGACAAUCAGGAAAAGCUGGAACAGUUCAUCCGGCAGUUCAUUUGUAGCUAAAACUGUGGGGUGAAGCCUGUUCUGAGACUUCUCAGCCCCAGAACACAGCGGUGUCCUAAAGGCUGAAGACUGAGAAGAGGCUACAAACCUUUUAGCUGGACAAUAAAAUCUGAGGUUUGAUUGUCCCUUGCUGCCACUUGCUUUCAUCAUCCUUUGGUAUGAUAAAC